AUGCGAGGAACCUUUCGGCACUUCAAGGAAAUCCUGGCGGCACCCCCGGUUCUCGGGAAGCCAAAGGACGGGGAGCCAUUAUACCUGUACCUCGCCAUAACAGGAGAAGCCCUGGCCGCAGUUCUGGUGCGAGAAGAAGGGAGGGCUCAACAACCAGUCUAUUUCGUAAGCAGAGCCCUGCAAAGGGCAGAAUUAAGGUACAGCAAACUGGAAAAGCUAGCUCUAGCACUCUUGACCUCCUCACGGAGGUUAAAGCAAUACUUCCAAGGUCACCAGGUUGUCGUAAGAACGGACCAGAGAAUCCGGCAACUACUUCAAAAACCCGACUUGGCGGGAAGGAUAAUGACUUGGUCUAUUGAACUUUCCCAAUACGACAUACGAUACGAACCCCGGCAAGCCAUCAAGGUGCAGGCGAUGGCAGAUUUUCUAGUAGAAGUAACGGGGGAUCCAACCGAAGAAACGAGCACACGGUGGAAGCUCCACGUGGACGGAGCCUCCAACCAGACGUCUGGGGGCGCCGGGAUCAUCCUGGAAAGCCCGGUUGGAGUCGUAUACGAGCAGUCGAUCAGGUUUGAAUUCCCCAUUUCGAACAACCAGGCAGAAUACGAAGUCCUUAUAGGGGGCUUAACCCUAGCAGCGGAAGUCGGAGCAACAAGGCUGGAAAUAUGCAGCGAUUCCCAGGUCGUCACCUCCCAGGUAAACGGGAGCUAUCAAGCCAAAGACUCGUUAUUACAAAAGUACUUGGAAAAAGUCAAGAACUUAAGCCAAAAAUUUGAGGAGGUCACGGUCCACCACGUGCCAAGAGAAAGGAACACACGGGUAGACCUCCUAUCAAAAUUGGCCAGCACUAAACCGGGAGAAGGCAACCGGUCUCUCAUCCAAGGUAUGACGAGGGAGCCGGCGGUCACCUUGCAUUUGUCAAGGCUGGGCUCUUCAUGGCUAGACCCCAUCACCAGCUUCCUAGAAAAUGGUAAACUCCCUGACGAUGAAAAGGACGCCGUGAAAUUGAGAAGGGAAGCAGCCAAAUACGCAGUCAUUCAAGGACAGCUAUUCAAGAAAGGGUUCAACCAGCCCCUACUGAAGUGCUUACACCUCGACCAAACGGACUACGUCCUCAGGGAAGUCCAUGAAGGCUACUGCGGACACCACAUAGGAGGCAAAGCCCUAGCAAGAAAAUUAAUUCGAGCCGGAUACUAUUGGCCGUCAAUGAUGGCAGACUCCAAGGAGUUCGUCAAAAAAUGUGUCAAGUGUCAAGAGAACGCCAAUUUCCACAGGGCGCCGGCCUCCGAGUUAAGCCUGUUAACGUCCUCCCGACCAUUCUCGCAAUGGGGAGUCGAUCUCUUGGGGCCCUUCCCAGUGAUAACGCGAUUCGGGAUUCCAGAAGUCGUCAUCUCGGACAACGGCACACAGUUUACCGACAAGAAGUUCACGGAAUUCCUCACCGGCCUGGGCAUAAGACAGAAGUUCUCCUCGGUAGAGCACCCCCAAACAAACGGACAGGUGGAGUCCGCGAACAAGAUUAUCCUGCUAGGGCUCAAGAAGCGAUUGGAUAAUAAAAAGGGUGCUUGGGCCGACGAGCUAGCCUCAGUGCUCUGGUCUUACCGAACAACUGAACAGUCCUCCACCAAGGAGACUCUUUUCCGACUAACAUACGGAUUAGACGCGGUAAUACCUGUGAAAAUUGGGGAACCGAGCCCCCGGCUACUUUUGAAAGGAGUGGAGGAAGCCGUGGAGAAGGACCUAAUAGAUGAAGCCAGAGAAAUGGCCCAUUUGACGGAGACAGCGCUAAAACAAAGAAUGGCCCUACGCUAUAACACCAAAGUGCUCAAAAGGGAAUUCGAGCCGAACGAUCUCGUCCUAAGGCGUAACGACAUCGGCCCACCGACCCCUGGAGCAGGCAAGCUGGCGGCAAACUGGGAAGGCCCCUAUAGAAUCAAAAAAGUGAUGGGUAAAGGCGCUAUCAAGUUAGAAAGGCUCGAUGACAACCCGUUCCAUCACAACUCGACAACGAUGCGCGGCCCCGGGACUGAUCACCCCGGGAGCCCAUCAACUGCCGCAAUAGCAAAUGACUACACUAAAAGGCCACGACCCGUUAAUUUAAACGACAUCUAUAAACUAAUAACGGUUAAUAGAAACGAUAACACAACCAGGCGAAUAAGAAAGUAUUAA